AUGGCGACCCAGGCGCAGGAUGACUAUUGUCCGAGCGUCUGGUACGGCCAGGUGAAGUGUGGCAUGCUCAUCUGCUGGGUUCUCCUGACAGGACUGGACUUCUGGAUGUGGCAUUGGAACCAGUCGCCGGCCUGGCUGCUGGCAUGCCUGGUGGUGACGAACGGAUGGGGUUGGCUUGAUGCCGUCCUGCGGUAUCCUGUCUUGCACGAGAUUGACAGCCCGUUUGCACUGAAGAAUCUGCUCCUGAUUUUGCUGAAGAUCUGUUGGCUCAUCCUGGUGUUCCUGAGAAAUAAGUCCCACCCGGUAUCCUUCGUUUUAUGUUCGAUGCUUGCCAUCAUCGUGCCGAUGUUUUAUGCAAUGCUGCUGCCACUGGACGAGACGGAGCAGGUGUACAACCUGAUCAAGUCCAUGUACUACGACGAGGACAUCGUUGUGCGCUGCUGGCGAUUCCUAAGGAAUCCCCGGCAAACGAUGCAGGCCUGGAACAGGCGGCGCCACAAAAUCAUCAAGCGAGGCUGUGAGGAGAUCGCCGAACGAUCGCCGACCUUUGCCGCCAAGCUGGGAGAGCUGAGCCCGACGCGAAGAGCGAUGCUUCGCAAGCCUGGAAGAACUGUGUGA